AUGUUUGUGGUGCUCCUUUUGCUGGGUACGCCACUGUUUAUUGCCGUACUGCAUCGCUUGGUGACCAUUUGGUUUAGGCGUCUGGAGCGUGCCCAAGAGUCCCAUUUGGCUACGUUGCGUAAACAACAGAGGAGUAAGAUCAAUGAGAUCAAGAAGGCGACUGAUUUCGAGCACCUGCGAAGCCUGCUGGAGCGGUACGACACAGAUUCCAGUGCGGGAUCCUCCUUUGCUAGUGGGGUCACUCCAACUAAGUCACUGUUGUCGCGCCGCUCAACAACAUCCCUGCGCAAGAAAACAUCGAAGGAACCCUCCCGACUUUCGAAAGAGGCGGAGACCUCAGCCUCAUCAGCUGAAGAGCAGGCCAAGAAAGCCGAAGUUUUAAAGAUGUUGGCACCCCCUAUCACUAGCACACCUGUCCAGAAUGUACCCAGCACCACAUCAGGAUCUAGCGCUACUCGACCCACAGCUAUGGGCGUUCAUCCUCGCGGAUGGAUGGACAAGGUAGCCGACAUGAUUCUCGGCACAGAUCCCUAUGGUGUUACUCUAGAGGACCAGCAAUAUGCCCUUAUCUGCCGCAACUGUUUCCGCCACAAUGGCCUUGUUCCCAAGAGUGAACUUGAUGAAAUUCAGUACAUAUGCCCCCAUUGUCAUGCGUUUAACUCGCGCCGACCAUCAAGUCGACCUGUAUCAUCGCCUUUCGCGCGAGCUCCUCACGACAUGACACCUGUCAAAGAGAAGCGCCCCACCCUACCUACUUCGGAUGAUAUCCCUGACACACCAACUACAAAGCCUGAAGAUACACAUUCUCCCUCUCUAGAGCCAGCGCGGCGCAGCGCGCGUUUGAAGUCGCAACGUUCUUCGGACGACGCACCCUCUACUGAAGACAUGCAAGUCGACGACGAAUAG